AUGUUGAAUUUAGUUUCUUUUAGGUAUAUCUUUGGAAUUCCUCCCCUGAUCCUUGUUCUGUUGCCAGUAGCAUCAUCUGACUGUGAUAUUGAAGGAAAAGAAGGCAACGAAUACGAAAAAGUCCUAAUGAUCAGCAUCAAUGGAUUGGACAACAUGUUAGAAAUUGGUACCAGUUGCCCAACUAAUGAAUCUAACUUUUUUAAAAAGCAUUCAUGUGAUGAUAAUAAGGAAGCUAUGUUUCUAUAUCGGGCUGCUCGCAGGGUAAAGCAAUUUCUUAAAAUGAAUAUCAGCGAGGAUUUCAAUCUCCACUUAUCAAUUGUUUCAAAAGGCACAUUAAAACUAUUGAACUGCACCAGCAAGGAUAAAGAAAGAAAAGCACCUUCCCUGGGUGAAGCCCAACCCACAAAGAAUUUGGAAGAGAAUAAAUUCUUGAAGGAACAGAGAAAACAGAAUGACUUGUGUUUCCUAAAGAGACUACUAGAGAAGAUAAAAACUUGUUGGAAUAAAAUUUUGAAUGGUGCUAAAGAUCCCUGA